GUUUAAAAGCAAAAAGGGCUUCGUUUCUCUCCCAACUCGGCGGAGAGCAACAAUGGACGGCAGUGGAUUGGAUUCCGAUGGCCGUCAGUUCGCUAAAGCUAGUGAGAUGUGGGAGCUAGAGAUAGGCACCGGUUCCGCUGGAGGAGAAGGAAACGGCACUUGCUGCGGCGGCGGAGGCGACAAGCGCAGGGACUGGUAUCGGAAGGGCAUCGCCUACUGGCAAGGUGUGGAGGCUUCUGUGGAUGGAGUUCUUGGGGGCUAUGGUUGUGUCAAUGAGCCUGACGUGAAGGGGAGCGAUGUUUUUCUUAAACCCUUGCUGGCUGAUCGGUUUGGCAAGCAAAAACGGCAUCUUGUGGCUCUUGAUUGCGGUUCCGGAAUAGGAAGGGUUACAAAAAAUCUUUUACUGAGAUAUUUUAAUGAGGUUGAUCUUGUUGAACCUGCGUCACAUUUUCUAGAGGCUGCUCGUGAAAAAUUGUCUUCUGAGGGUGAUAUGGAUAUAGAUACACACAAGGCUGUCAAUUUCUUUUGUGUCCCUCUUCAGGAAUUUACUCCUGAAGCUGGAAGAUAUGAUGUGAUUUGGAUUCAAUGGUGUAUUGGGCAGCUUCCAGAUGAUGAUUUUGUAUCAUUUUUUAAGCGAGCCAAGGCGGGCCUUAAACCUGAUGGUUUUUUUGUUGUAAAAGAGAAUAUUGCACGGCAGGGAUUUGUUUUAGAUAAGGAGGACAACAGCAUCACCAGGUCUGAUUUAUACUUUAAAGAGCUAUUUAAUCAGUGUGGCCUGUACAUUUACAAGACCAAGGAUCAAAAAGGGCUUCCUGAGGAAUUAUUCGCGGUGAAGAUGUAUGCACUGGUAACUGACAAACCAAGAGUAGGCAAAAGCAAGGUACCACAGUAUAAACCAGCUAAACAGGCAUGGAAUUCAUGUUUCUACCUCUUAAAUUACCGAAUGUCUGGUGGUGGCACUUGGUGGACAUUCAUCACAUGUAAUAUAUUUUCAGUGCAGCUGACCCACAUUUUGAAGACACAACUGUGAAUGGUCUCAUUUUGGCUGUCAAUGUUGAUACAAAAAAAUUGCAGACUAGUUCUUAUUAGUGCAUGUAAUUCGAGGUUACUGUGAACUGAACAUAUUCUUUCAAGAAAGAGUGUCAUUGCUUAUAAAUAUUAUUUA